AUGAGGAGCUUUCAUGAUCCUCAACCAUGCAGGAUGUUGAGGGAGAGCGAUAUCACUCGCUCCUCAGGAGAAGCCAUUAUUAAUAGCUACCGGCACAGCUUCGCCAGCUCAGUCACUGAUGAGCAGCUCGCUGCUCAGGGCAAGGACAAGAAGACCGCUGCCGCAUUCCAUGACGACGGAGCAGACGAAAAAAUUGCCAACACGCGCGAUAUCGAGAUAGCAGAGAGAAGGAUGAAAGACCUGCAGAGGGCCCCUAGCAGCAAGUCCCCGAGGCUUCUGAUCAAAGAGACCCACCAGGACGAGAGCAGUGAGGUACAUGAUGAAGACGGGUUGACAGUCGAGAAGCUGUUCUCUUGCCUGCACGGAGAGAUGCACGUGCGUGUUGCAGCAGCGAAGACUCUGAGGGACGCCAGUUGCCCGUCCGGUCCUCCUCACUUCGCUGCCCUCCGUUCGUUGCUCCACACCCCCAAGUACAAAGUCCUUGCGAUCCAGCAUGCGAUCGAUGUCCUUCAGGGGGAGGACGAGUCGACCAAGGAGAGCGCCUUGGGCAUCGUUCAGUUUCUCGCCAACCGCGGGGACAGGAAGGUCAUAGGAGCGAUGCUGGGUAUGUUGACUUCUCCCUCCUGCCCUACCGAGCUGCGGGGGAAAGCGGCGCGAACCCUCUCCAACCUGGCGGAGCAGGACGACGCUGAUGUCAUCAGUGCCGUCUCGUCGCUCCUGCAGACCAAAGUGGACGCGAACGUGCCGGUGAAAGUGGAGGCAGUGCAUCUGAUAGCAGAGGUCUGCUCCCGAGGACAUCCGCCCGCUGUGAAGAUCUACCAGGCUGCACUGCGCGACCGCUCCUCGGCUGUGAGGCAGGAGGCGCUCUCGAUGAUAGCGAGCAUCGUCGAGCCCGGGGACUCCCAAAUCAUCGCCAUGGUUUCGGCUCUUAUCAAGGAUUCUGACCCCAGGAAUCGAGUCUGUGCGGUCCAGGGGCUGCGGCAGAUCGCCCGGCAGGGGGACCAGACGGCUGUCGACAGCGUCUUGUACGCCCUGAAAGACUCCAACGUGCAGGUCAUCUUCCGCAGCCACGGGCUGCUGGCCAACAUCGACAAGCACAGGCUGGAGGACGUGAGUCGCCAGCUGGUCCUGAACUGGAAGGGGGGAAAGGUGAACGAGUGCUUUGCAAGCUGGGUAGAGCACCACAAGCAACAGAGGAGGAUCAAGGAGUCAGUGAGACGGACUUUGAGGAACGCGAAGAUUCAGAUCGAAUCUCCCACGGCCAUGGAAGCAAAGUCGCCCAUCUCCAACGAGUCCGACGCUCCUCCGAAGCGCGCUCAAGGAGGAGGAAGAAAUUCUGUUCCCUCCCGCUCCGUCAGCAGGAGGACGAGAGGUUCGAUCAUGGAAAACAAGUUCAAGCUCAAGAUUCCCUCCUCCGAGCGCAUCCCUCCUCAGCUGCCGGACUUGGAGGAGCGAAGAGACUCGAUGCACCUGUCGGCUCGUGGAGGGAAAGACGUCACAGCAGCUCUCCUGGAUCCAUCCACAAAGAUCCAAGAGCGUCUCAAGAUCCUGCGGAGCUUCAGCGGCCUCCGACAGGAGCACCACCUCCUUCGCAGCAUGAACCCCAUGCUCACCGCCGCCGUCAUAGCCAACGUGGAUUCAACGUUUGCGGGGGAUGGUUUGCGUGGAAGCCUUGCAAGCACUGAAGGCUCUCGCCCUGCUCUCCCGAAGCACGACAAGGCAGCGCUCAACGCCCUCCUGCUGCGGGCACAAGAGAAGGACUGGGCGGUGAGGAACUCGGCAUACAAGGCGAUGUCUACCCUUGGAGACGCACACAGAGACUGGACUGCCAUCAAGGAGAUUCAGAGGAUCAUGAGCAGCUACGACGCCAGCAGCCUCCCAGCUGCCAAGCAAGCUCUCUUCGCCCUCUCUGUCGGACACAAGCCAACAGAGGACAGGAAGGUGUCGAAGCCUCCGUCUAGUGCCUCCAGGCGGAGCAGCGGGCAAAGCAUGCGCGCCAUGACAGCCAGAUGA